AUGGAGGCAACCUCGAGAUACCGGGAACCUGCUGGUCUCCCGAGCAUCCUUAUAGAUUCCUCCAACCCUAGAUCCUCCGACCGAACAGAUCCUUUCAGCAUGUAUUCGUCCUCCGUCGCUGUCUCCAUCCCCGGAUCCGACAGGAUCAGCAACGCGGCUCCCCCGCCCUUACCUCCUCCUCGAUUCCCUCUGGAACAAGCUCAAAUGCAUCCUCAUGAGCCUAGGCAGUACUACCGCGACCCCUCUUCCUACAGCCCGAGGGAACACAGCUAUCACGAUAGUAUUGGAAGCUUCGACGACAGGCCGAAUUACAAGAGAGCUGGUUAUAGGCACGAGAGAGAUGAAGGCUAUGCAAGCAUGGGUUCGGCUUCGGCCUCAACGAGGUCCGAAUGCUCUCUACCGAGCAUCUCAGCAGGGUUUGGCUUGCACCACAACAAGUUCCAGUUCCAGUCGAGCGCCGAUGCCUUUACCGAUAUGAAGAAGAAACUGGACCCGUCAAAGACGUUCGAUAACAAACCUUCUAUAUCUCUCCUCGGUGCCUCGAGCGCAUCCGCCACAGAACCUUUCUCGAGGAGACUGUCCGGCGACCAACGUAUCCCUCCGCUCUCUGUGCCCACGUCUUUACCCUUUCACCCAAAGACAUCAAACUUGCUAGACUCGCCCGACAGAUACGCCCAGUCUCCUCAUUCCGCCUUGUCGCCAAUCCCAGGAAGUUUUUACAUCGGCCAUGAUUAUAGGUCACCCCGCUCAGCCUCGGACCUUGACCGGUCACCUCCCAUGCGGUCGAGGAGGAACAACAGCGACGAUGCGUCUUCGCACGGGUAUGAGGUGGAGGACAUGGAAAUCGAAGAGACAAAUUCUAUGAAGAGGUUACGCAUUGAGGACCCUUUGCGGGCCCACUACGACGGCGCUGGAACGAAGCGACGCGCCUCUGCCGAUCCGGAUGACAAUGUCCCCCUCGGAUUCACGACUCAAGGGGAUUUGUUACGCCGCCGUGAAGGUAACCAGAGGGGUUCGCCAACACCUCGUCUCAGCGUAAUCCCCCAGGGGUCUAUUUCCUCCAUCUCAUCGGGAGGCCGCGCAGGAUCGUACAGUUCCAACCUAUCUCUGUUGACUGGUAGCAUUGCCAGCAUGGGCUCCUCCUAUGGUCGAGUUUCUCCUGGCGGCCUGUCACCGGGAGGCAUCUCACCUGGCGGCACAGACCCUGGCUGUAGCUCUCCUUACAGCGCAACAAUGUCCUUGAACCCUUCGCCGCGGGGUUCUCUCUCUCGCGCGCCGCACCAACGGACGAUAAGCGAAAGCCGGCCUCUCGCCUCUCCGCGCAAGUUGAACGAGGUAAACAAGCCUAGCGGCACUAAGAUUUCGGGUUUCUUCAUGUGCGACUGCUGUCCCAAGAAGCCAAAGAAGUUUGAAACCGCAGAAGAGUUAGCGGCCCACGAAGCAGAGAAGCAAUACGAAUGUUCCUUCUGCGGCAACCGGUUUAAGAACAAGAACGAGGCAGAACGUCACCAGAACAGCCUUCACGUCCGCAGACACAGCUGGAGCUGUUCAGCGCUCAGCCAUUAUGAUCGAGCAUUUCACGACAGCACUAACCGGCCUGGCGAGGCAGACACUUGUGGCUACUGCGGCGAGGAGUUCCCCCGUAACGGUCGUGGUCCUGGCGCCUCGGCACCGCGGCACGCCACCGACCAAGACUGGGAAGAACGCAUUCGCCACCUUCAGGAGGUGCAUAAGUUCCGGGAGUGCAACAGCAGCAAGAAAUUUUUCCGUGCGGACCACUUUCGGCAGCACCUCAAACACAGCCACGCGGGGACUAGUGGCAAGUGGACAAAUAUGUUGGAGAAUGCCUGCAUGCUCGACGAGGACCCGACCCCGAGGUAA